AUGAGCGCCUUGAGGAAGUUUGAAGAGAAGGCGGUGCAGACGGGGUGUCACUCAAUCAUCAAAGAUGCUGAAAAGUAUUCCUCAGAGCUACACUUAACUCUGACUUUACAGCAUCAUAAUCCAAGGGCUACUACAGAGGAUGGUGACGAAAUAGGAGGAAAAAAGCUUAAGACCCCUCUUGCCAAGGCACAGCAGAAAGAUUGUUGUGACACACUGGGAGAAGAGGAAUGUUUGUGGCUAGGGAAACUGACUAAAAAUAGAUGGGAGGACUCGGCCCUUGACAGUGGAUGGUGUUGAGCCCUGAACUGACAUAUUUGUACUUUGCACUCGAAGCUACAGCUUCCCUACGCAGAUCGCAGUAGUUGCUAAAAAAGAGUAAGUUGAACCAUCGUAUGGAUCCCUCUCUUUUUCUAAUAAACAGUUCACAUAAGGUAAUCAUCCUGAGAUGGAACUUCAGUUUACCGAAGCGUUGCUCGCCGUAAUUACUCAUGAAUGCUCAAAUGUUAUUUCCAUAGUGACUGAUCACCGACAUUUUUUAAACGAUUGGCGUUUGUAGUGAGGCUCAUGUGAUUUCACACUGUUUCAAACUUUUGAAUAAGAACUUAAUUAAGAAAGAAAUUGUAAAAUUUCAAUUCUGGUUAUUCUCUUUGUUUUCUCUUACAGGAAACUGAAACACCUCCCUGUUUUGAAAACGAUAGGAAUGAAGGCAAGUUUUUUUAAAUAA